GUUUGUAUAGUAGUAAAUUUAUAUUAUGCUUCGAUAUUUGCUUAUCACAUCGGUUAUAUCAUUGUUAAAUUAUACACCUGUUGUUUUACGUGUCAUAUAAAAUACGAACACAUACCUAUACAUAAAGUUCUGUGAACAGGUUAUGUUUUAUAAAAAUUUUUACAUUCAAAGUAAAUAAAUGGCAAAUCAGUAUGAAAAAAAGGUUUUGGUGACUGGUGGCACGGGUUUAGUGGGCCAAGCUAUUCAAGAAAUUGUAAACCAGAAUCCACGUGAACAUGAACAAUGGUUUUUUGUUGGAUCUAAAGAUGCAGAUUUAUGUGAGUUAGCGUCUACUAAAAAACUUUUUGAAGAUGUUAAACCUACCCAUGUUAUUCAUUUGGCAGCUAUGGUCGGUGGUCUCUUUCACAACAUGAACAAUAACUUAGAUUUUUUACGAAAAAAUAUGCUAAUGAAUGACAAUGUUCUGUUACUGAGUCAAGAGUUUGGUGUUAAGAAAGUUGUUUCAUGUUUGUCAACGUGUAUAUUUCCAGACAAAACUACAUAUCCUAUUGAUGAAACUAUGGUUCAUAAUGGCCCACCACAUCCUUCAAAUUAUGGCUAUAGUUAUGCAAAACGAUUAAUUGAUAUAACAAAUAAAGCAUACAAUCAGCAGUAUGGUUCCAUGUUUACAUCUGUCAUACCUUGCAAUGUUUUCGGACCACACGAUAAUUUCUCCAAUACAACCAGCCAUGUCAUACCUGCCCUUAUCAGGCGUUUAUAUGAAGUUAUAAAUGGAAAGGACCAAGAAAAUGUAUCUGAAACAGAACGAGUUUUCACAGUGUAUGGUUCUGGAAAACCUUUACGGCAGUUCAUUUAUUCUUUGGAUCUUGCAAAGUUAUUUAUAUGGGUACUUGAAAAUUAUGAUUCAGUUGAGCCUAUUAUUUUAUCAGUGGAUGAAUGCGAUGAGGUAUCAAUAGGCCAUUGCGCUAAAUCAAUUGCAAAUGCUUUUGAUUUCAAAGGCAAAAUUGAAUUUGACACAACUAAAGCAGAUGGACAAUAUAAAAAGACUGCAACAAAUGGCAAACUUAGAAAGUUGAAUCCCAAUUUUAAGUUCACUAACUUUGAUGAAGCUAUUAAAAAAACAGUAGAGUGGUAUAAGAAUCAUGUGCAGGAAGCUAGACAUUAAGGAUUGAAUUAAA